CCUAAAACAGUUAUUAAACUUCCUGAUAAGAAAAGAAAGCAGCUAAAUACUAUCUUUGUUAAUUAUCCCUUUUACUCUUUUUUUUUCUUUUUUUUUAAAAAAAAAAAGUAAAUGACAAACUUAGAAAACUUAAGGACUAGUAAUACUAGUCACAGGAGAGGUAGACCAAAAAGUAAUGGUCAAUCAUUAGCUGCUAAUCCACAAGCGAUGAAUGAUCAAUACCAACUUGUAGAUUACACCACAUUAUAUAGCCUGGAUACAAAAGAACCUUUGAAAAUAGUUAGUAUUGAGCAUGAGAAACAUCAGACAUCUUUAGAUCUAUCCUGGUCCCCACUUUCUGCCUUCCCUUUUGCAGCAACUAUAGGUGAACAACACGUUGAUAGUAGUAAUAGUGAUCAAAAUAACUCUUUCAACAGAAAGGAUCGUUUAAACUCCGAAAUCACUGCGACAUCCAAUUCUGGUAGCACAAUGUUAGUAACGCCAAAGAGUACUGUCAAUAAUGAUGUAACCUAUUUUCAUGGUAUUAAUUUAAGUAAACUACCUCAAAUCAAGUACACUUGUCUACAGAAUGCUAGUAAAUGCAAUGUUCAUUGCGCUGAUAACAAAGAUAAAAUAGUUGAAAUACAAAAAAAUCAUCAAAAGAAGAAGGAACAUUUCAUUAAAGAACGAGCUUCAACUUUGCAUCAAUCAGGUCGAGAUAAUAGUAUUCCUUCAAUUUAUAGUGAAUACGAUGAAAAUAGUAUCAAUCAUGGUAUAUUCAAUCGACCUGAAAAUCAUUAUAUACGCUAUAGUGAGCCCACUGAAGAAGAGUUUUACAAUAAAAUUGAAUACGAUAUGGAUGAGAUGGAUGAUGCCUGGCUUCAGCUCAUAAACAAAGAAAGAAAGCAGCAGAACUUGAAUGAAGUAUCUGACUUUUUAUUUGAAGCUAUUAUUGAUAAGCUAGAAAAAGAAUGGUUCAUUUUGGCUAAGAAUACGCCAAUAAGUCCAACAGAAAAAAAUAAAGUGGAAGAAAAUAGUGUUAAUAGAACAUCUGAAGACAUCCCCUGUGCCAUCUGUAAUGAUACUGAAGCUGAAAAUUGUAAUGCCAUCGUCUUUUGCGAUGGAUGUAACCUAGCUGUUCAUCAAGAGUGUUACGGCAUACCUUUUAUCCCAGAGGGACAAUGGUUUUGCAAAAAAUGUACUAUUUUGUCUCCUAAUACAUCUCUUUCCUGCGUCUUUUGUCCUAACGAAGGUGGUGCAUUUAAACAAAUUAAUGACCAUGAGUGGAGUCAUCUUUUAUGUGCUAUUUGGAUCCCAGAGAUUUCAAUUGGUAACACUACCUAUAUGGAACCCAUUCAAGAUAUCGAUAAAAUACCAAAAAGUCGCUGGAAUUUGACAUGCUACAUUUGUCAUAAGAAGAAGGGUGCAUGUAUUCAAUGUGUCAAUAGUCAUUGUUGCGUUGCCUUCCAUGUUACAUGUGCAAGACAAGCUAAUUUAUGUUUAAAGAUGACUUAUUGUCCUCCGAGUGACCCAAAUGAUGUUAAUACUGCUGGUGUUAUGUUAAAUGCCUAUUGUAUGCGUCAUGCACCUAAAGAUUACACAAUAGGAAACGACGAUCAUAUAAACAGUCUUAGGAUUGCAGAACCAUUUAAUGUUAAUGAGGAUAGCCAUAAACUUCUAGAUGAUGAAGAUGUCCAAACAGAACAAGAUACCACAAGUAACAGUGCUAAUAGAAAUAGUUUCAGUAACUAUAGUCAGCCGUCUUUUCAACAAAAUAAUUUUUCAUUAGCAUCAUCUAUACCCAUAAUGCCUGAUUCUAUUCUGAAAAAAAUCACUGAUUUACCAUGUGUUCGUUAUUCUAAAAUCGAAAAUCAACAAGAGUUCGUUAAUAUCAUUGCCCGUUAUUGGUCCUUAAAAAGACAAAAUAUGAAAGGUGCGCCUUUAAUUAAACGAUUACAAAUUGAGCCCUGGUCUACUUCAAGUGAAUAUCUUACUGAAGAAAACCUUCAAAUCAAAAAAUUGGCUAUGAUAAAAGUUCGACAAAACCUUGAAGACCAUCGUAUAUGUGCUGAACAGCUUCGAAAACAAGAACAGGAAAAACUUGACCGCAUCAAAAAACAAAAGGCACAUAUUGACCAUAUUCUAUUUCCUAUGGAAUCAAUCAUUCGACCUAUCUUGGAUGCGCUUGUACAAUUUGAUCCUCCCGACACUUUUUUAUAUACCAAAGAUAUUACUGAUUGCCCUUUUUUCUAUAAAAUUCAGAGUGAUUUUAUAGAACAUCGAUAUAAAACUCUAGAUCAAUUCAAGUAUGACAUCAGAAUAUUACUUGAACAAAGUCCAAUGAAUAAGAUAGCUGUAAAGAUGAGAGCAACAUUGGAAAAACUAUUUGAUGAGGCAGACAAUAAGAUAUCCCAACUUUCAUUACUUCAAGAUGGUACCUUAGAUACGUAUAUUGAUAAUUUGAUAUCUAAAGAUAAUGAUGAGAUGAGGUAUCAUAAGCCUGUUAUUGACCAAGAGAUUGAAGGAAUGGAGAUAAAUAUAAACGAGAAGGGACCGUCCCAGAAAGAAUCAAAGAAGCAUUGUCAACAUAUAAAACCCAAAUUAGAAACACUUUAUACUAAAAAACGAAAAGAAAUCCCCAGUAGGACACAUAAAUGGCCACGAGUAGGUGUCUAUAUCGAAAACGAAAAUGCAAGAAGGAAGCGAAUGAAGACUAAUGAACUUCAUGAUGAACAGGCUACAUCAAAAUUAGUCAAACCAUCCAAGUUUCGCAAUGAACAAGAUCAUUUUAUCACAAAUGGUUCUUGCGAAAUGAAGCAAGCUAAUUCUAUUGUAGCCAAUGUCCUUCCUGAAACUGUACAAAUACAACAUCCACAAGAUCACCAAAUUUUUAAUCAACUACCCUUGCUUAAUAGUGAUGCUCAACAUAUCAUGAAUGGUCAUUCAAGCACAUUUACAACUACAGGCGAUAUCAAAACACCAGAUGCAGUUACGAUUCAUGAUAAUAAACCAGCUAUUCUCAAAACAACAUCAUUCAUAUCUAAUGACACUAUACCAACAUCAUCUAUUGGUAAGAAGCGUCGUAGAAAAGGCAAAUAUACAAAUUAUCCAGCAGAGGAAAGGACGUCAUCUCGAAUAACACGUAGUUCAGGUUUACAAGCAAGCCUUAAGGAACUUACGCAACGACUUAAGAGAUCCCACGAAGCUUCUACUCUUUAUUCAUCUUAUAAUGGUGUCUCUCAACUGCUAGUUAAACGCCAACCUACUGAAAAAUAUAAAGAAAACAAAAAAAUUCAUGCCCCUAUUGGAUGGGUAUAUAUCGAUGAGGAUGAUAAUGAUGAUAAAAACAAUGAUAUUAGCAAUCCUAUAAUGGAAAAUAGCACCACAACUAAUAGCAUUGAAAGCGAAGAAAUUGAUGUUGUGGGUGUCCAAAGAGAAGAUAAUGAUGACACUGAACAUAGAAGCAAACGCUUUAAAAGGCAAGGAAGAAAUGAUAUUCCAGUACCUAAUUUCAGAAAGGGAGAAAUUGUUUGGGCUCGUGUUAAUGGAUAUCCAUCACAUCCAGCAAAGUUUUUAAACUUAUCUGAUGAAGAAGCUGGACCAAAACUAGUAGCAAGUCGCCGUUAUGCAGGUGAUAUUUUGGUAGAAUUCCUUAAAGUGCCUGAAAUGCAUCGUUAUGGUUGGGUUGGGCGUCGAACAAUUUGCGAAUUGGGUAGCAAUUCAGAGGUCGACAAGGCUAGAUUAUCUGAGGUAUUUGAGAAGCGCUAUAAGCGAAGUGUUUUUAUUGAAGAAGCAAAAGAAGGUUACCGAUAUGCUAGCUCAAUCGUUGGAUUUGAUGCAGAAACAAUUAUUCAUGCUGUCUUUGACUGUUCAAAUAAGAGUAAGAAGAAGAGAAAGAAAACCGCUUAAUAUUAAAUUGUUUGCUUUGACAAAAGAAAAAAAAAGCAUAAAUAUGCUUUUUGUUCAAUUAUUUUACCCUCUUCUUUUUUUUUAAAAAAAAAAUGUAUAUUUUGUAUUUUCCAUUUGAUUUAUAUUUGUAGUUAUA